AUGUGCCUGGGGGAAGAGGAGCUGCCAAAAUCUGGCUUGAGUUACGACUGGUUUCAGCUGGAGGGCCUGGCAGAAAGGGGUGCGUCGGGGCGAUUGAUCAUUGCUCCGGGUGUGCUCACCCGCCCAGAUCUCGAUUUCAAUUGGGAUGUCAUCGCCAAGGCGAUGGAAUACUUGGGUGCUCGUCCGGGGGUGGACCAGCUGCAGGAUGAUGUUGAACUGUUUUUCCAGCGUUGCAAAAUGAAGGGCAGGAAACCGGUCACUCGUGAGUUUUGCCGCCAGCAAGCGUGGCGUGUUCGGAACUUGGUUUCCAUGUUCAACCGCAUUUGCAAGCUGCCUCACCUCCCGAACGAAGAGAACAUUCGAAAGAUAUAUGUUCACUUGGGCCUGGAGCUUCCACCUGGACGCCAGCCGCGAUCCAACGAGACCCUUGAGGGCGGUGAUACGGAAUGUGACGAGGUCGGCUAUGAUGAAGGUGUCGAGUCGGAAGUUGGAACCGAGGAUGAGGUAUUGGAUGAUCCUGAGGCUUUGGCCCCACCGGAAGAUCUGAUCACCCCGAAGCACGCAGAAGGUAAUGUGACGACCCAAGAGACUCAAGUGAUGGAGGAAGAAUGGCUGAAUCAGGCUGCAGCCAAGCUUGACGAAGAGCUUCGGUCAAAGGAGGCCGCAGAUGUUGCAGCCAACGUCUACUCGGAGGAGCCCCCAGCAAAGUUCGGCCCCAAGCGACUUCGGACUGAGACUCAGCAGUGGGGGCCGAGCAAGGUGAUCAAAAAGGAACCGGUGCCCAUCAAGCAAGAGCCUUUGAAAGAACCGCCCAUCCCGACCGAGCCUUUGAAAGAACCGCCCAUCCCGACCGAGCCUUUGAAAGAACCGCCCAUCCCGACCGAGCCUUUGAAGGAACCACCCAAGUCGUCCGAGCCUGUGAAGGAACCACCCAUCCCGUCCGAGCCUUUGAAGGAACCACCCAUCAAGAGAGAGCCUUUGGAGGAAGCACGAAUCAAGAGAGAGCCUUUUCAGGAGCCACGAGUCAAGCUGGAGCCUGGUUUGAAGCAUAAACCAGCAGAUCACGAGAAUGAGAAGCCAGGCCAUGAUGAGCCAGAUGCAGCCGAAGAUGGUAUCCCAAGCCCAGCAGAGUUUCCCCAAGAGGACCCGGAUACACAAGCCACGAAGGAAGCACCAGCCGUAGAGGCUCCCAAGCAUGAUGAUAAUGAUGAUGCCGAUCCCAAACGACCUGCCCUGUUGGCAACAGCUGGGGUUAUUUCGCCAAAGGACCAAAAGUUGAAGACUACUAAGAAGAAGCAGAAGAGAGGCCAGAAAGAAGAAGAGGAAGAGGAGCAGCCCGAAAAGACCAAGCCAAAGCCCAAAAAGAAAGCCACGAAAGAUACGAAGAAGACAGAAGAUGUUCCAAAGAGAAAGCCCGGGCGCCCCCGAAAAAACGAUCUCGGGCCGACGUCUGCAGCCAAGCCGGCCAAGUCGACAGGCAAGGCUUCCCCUUCGAAAGCAACCCCCAAGAAGCGCAAGCCAGAUGAUACGGUUAGCGAGGCUACGAUGCACUACUCCCCCAAGAGCGCGAGGCCGAAGGCAAAAGCCAAGGCAAAGGCAAAGGCACAGGCGAAACCAAAAAAGGCUGCAAAGCCCAGCAAGGAUGGCAAGGAUCGGAAGCCUGUGGCUGGCCAAGAUGCGGGACAGAAGUCCCGGAAAAGCUGUGCUUAUCACAAAGCCAAAGCCACCGCCUUAAAGGAAGGUUGCUCGAAGGAGGAGGCAGCCACUCGGGCCAAGAAAGCCACUUGGUUGUCUUUCAUGGCUGUGCUGGGCAAGCUUGCCUCGGCUUUCCACGGCAAGGCCGAACCGGGUGCCGUCGCAGGCCACUUCGACGCCGAGGCCAUGGACUGGCAGUGGGUUUUGAUAGCAGUGGUGAUGCUGCUACUCUGGUCGACGAACCUACCGCAGGCCAAGUCCUUUGAUCUUCUGGACCUGUUCUCGGGGGUCGGGAAUGCCACCAAGUACUGGAAGUCCAAAGGAAAGAGAGUCGCGACCAUUGAGAUUGACCGGAGUGCCUCCAUGGAUUUUCUUUCGAAUGGUGGUUUCGCGCUUGUGUUAUGGUGCAUUAUGCGCGAAAAGCCGACGGCUGUGAACUUGAUGGGCCCAGCUUGGCAGGAUGCCUACAGAAGUGUGUCCUCAGCGAAUGUGAUGAUCAGCCGGGUCUACCCGAUGGAGUUUGUGAAGCAAAUCUACGAUGCUUUCACUACAGACUUUGCUCCUCAUACUCUGGGCUGCUUACGUAACAAGAACACCACCGACCCCAACUUGUCCGAUGUGGAGUUGUUCAAUGCCCUGCCAAUGAAAGACAUGUGGGAAGAUGCAGAGCUGCCCUCGGUGUAUUUCUAUUUGAGACGCAAUAAGUAUUGCAUGGUACCGCCAUCUUGGGAAGAUGCAAUCCAUAGCUUUGACAAAGAAUUGGAUGCCAAGGUCAACUGCUACGGGCACCUCAGGGAGGAGUACAACUCUCUACUUGUUGGGGCCGGCUCUAGUAAUUAG